AUGGAAUAGUAAGCUGCUGCAACUUAAGAGAAAACUCAAAAUUAAACACAAGCACCAUCCACUCAAUAACCUUAGGCUCAACCACCAAAACCAAAAACAGUCCUAUCAGAAAUCAAACUCUAAAUCUUAUUAUUGGAAAAGGCAGUCAGCUCCAAAGACAUCAAAGCAAUUCAAAAAGUAUCCAUCUUCGUUAAAAAAUUCAGAAAUACUGUCAAGUCUCAUCAUUUGGCCAAGCUCUAUAAUACCUUCUUUCCAAAUGUUGUAGUUUAAUAAGGAAAUGAUAUCGAUGCCAAUUUCAACGAAGACUUAGGAUUGAAUGCUUAAGUUGUCUCAAAAUUAACUAAAUUAAUCGAAGUGAACGUAUUUAUUCAAUGCCUUUAUCUCAUUUGGCUCUUCUAAUAAAAAUAAUAGGAAUCCUACGAAUAGUUAAUUGUAAUUGGAAAAUAAUUGCUUUAAUAAGUUCAAUAAAAUAACAAAAGAUAUUUAGAUACUCUCUUAGGAGUCAUCUAUGAAUACUUAUCAAAAUCACAUGAGAAAUUAGGCAAACUUGACUAAAUCAGAGAUGUCUUAUUUGAAGGCUAUAGAAAUGCUUGUUAAAAUAGAGAUGAAAAUGGUUAAGCAAUUUUAAUAAACUUAAUUUUGAGAAACUUCAUUCAUUAUAAUUAGUAUGAACAGAGUUACAACUUCUUAAAAAAGACAGAAUUCCCUGAACAUGCUUUUGGAAACUAAUAGGCAAGAUUUUUGUAUUACACUGGACUCAUUCAUGCCAUAAGAGGGGAAUAUCAAGAGGCCUAUAAGAAUCUUACUCAAGCAAGUCAUAAAGCUCCAGAUAAUACAGCUUUUGGAUUUAAAGUUUAGGCUAUCAAAGUGAUUGCUUUAGUUGAAUUGUUAUUAGGUAAUGUCCCAAAUAGAGAUACUUUUACUUCCCCUGAAUAUCAAUAGGCUCUUUAUCCUUACUAUAGAAUAGUUUCAACUGUUAUCAAAGGUAAUUUAGGAGAAUUUCAAUAAGAAGUAGCAAGAUCAGAAAAUAUAUUAAGAAGAGACAAACUUUUCAAUUUAAUUUAAAGAUUACCAUAAAUAGUUAUCAAAGCUGGUCUAAGAAGAAUCAACUUAUCAUAUUCUAGAAUCUCAUUAAGUGAUAUUCAUGAAAAGCUUAAUCUUCCAGCUUAAUGCAAUGCUGAACAAGUUGUAGCCAAAGCUAUCAGAGAUGGUACUUUAGCUGCUGUUAUCGAUCACGAAAAUCAAAUAGUUAUAACUAAAGAAACCAACGAUCUUUACGGAACUAAAGCUCCUUAAGAAGCUUAUGGAGAGAGAAUCAAUAAUUGCUUAGGACUGUACAAUCAAGCUGUUAAGGCUUUAUAAUAUUAAAAUCCUGAAUAUGAUUACGGAGAAAAGUAAGCUGAUGAUGAAUUAACAACUGAUGAAUUAUUAAGUUUAGCUGAGCUUGACUUUUGAGUAGCAUAAAAAUGUAUA